GCGAGUGUAUAUUUAGCAAUUGCUGCUCGGUGUGCCUGUGAGCUUGUGUGCCUGUGUGCCAGGAGGUCGCGCCUCCCAUGUGGCUGAGUGUGAGGCCCAGCAGCCAGUCAUAGGGUGGGGGAGACGGGCACGCGCCUUGGCCGAACUCAGAGUCCGGGCAGGAACUAUUCACCUGGCGGGACAGAGAUUCGCUCGUCACUAUCACACCGGGACUUGUUGCUUUUCCGCUUGGAGCAUAAAUGUACUUCACGCCUGUCAGUAGCAACAGCCCGGAGGGGUAAUAGAACUAAAGAGGCGCCUACAGCCGCUCUGGUACCUGUGUGUGGGCGCGCCGGGCGAGGUGCUGUUGGAGUCACUCGGGCGAUACAGGAAAUCACAAACACACUCCCAUCACUUUUCCAUUGGCCUCGAGUUACUCAUUAACUGGCAGCGCGGCCACUUCGCUGUGGGAAUAUUCUGACUCCUGGGAAUAUUCUGACUCCUGGGAAUAUACCGCCGUGUUGCGCACGAACAUGUUGUACCUGUGGGCUGGAGCCACCGUCUGAGACAAUUCCAGAGGCCUGACUGACGAUGCGCUGCUGCGGGGAGUACCAGGUGUCUGAAGUUUCCAGACAGAGACAAUGGAGGCCUUUGAUUUAUCGGAAAUGUACAGAUAUCCCAUGGUUGGUUCUAUUUUUUGUUUUCUGGUCUGGUUUGGUGUUCAUAGCAGGAUAUGCUUUGGUGGCUGGAGCUGCAGAGAGACUUGUGUUUGGCUAUGAUAGCUAUGGAAACGUCUGUGGGAGAAGAAACACUCCUAUUCAAAAUGCCCCCUUUUCUGGACAAGACAUGACAUACCGGAAACACGUUUUCUUUUUGGAUUCUUGCAAUUUGGAGAUCAGAAACUUAAAGAUCAAUUCAGUUGCAUUGUGUGUGUCAAAUUGUCCUCAGGAACAGCUAAACACGCUACAUGAUGUGCAGUUAUUUGCUAAGAACAAUGGUUCAUAUCUAUGUGUGUAUACAUUGAACUACACCGAAUAUACAACACAGACAAACGCUUUGGAGUGGUGUCCUGUUCUCCCAGUCCCUUCAAGCAAGUCAUUUCCGCUGUUCAAUCGGUGUGUUCCUGAGAACCCUGAUUGUUACUCUCGUUUUGCAUCUGUUCUCAUAAAUGUUGUCAACGAGGUUGACUUUUUUCAUCGUAUUCUAAGUGGAAUCAUGGCUGGUAGAGACAAUGUAAUAGGACUGAGCAUUCUUGCUGUAGGUUUGUCAGUAAUCAUGGUCAUAACAUUCCUAUUCAUCAGCACGCUUCUGGUUCACAUUUUCCUAACCCUUCUUAUUUUCGGCUUGCUGUUUGUCUCGGGAGUGCUGUGGUGGCUGUAUUAUGAUCAUGUCAAUGAUCCAAGUUAUGAAUUGGAAACUGAAAAGGAAAAUGCUAAAUUUUUACUUGGAUUUGCUAUAAUUGCAACAUUAGUGACUAUUGUCCUUUUGACAUUAAUUUUUGUACUGAGAAAAAGUAUCCAGAUGACCAUUCAGCUCUUUCUAGUUACCAGCAAGUUUAUCAGAUGUAUGCCUUUGUUACUGCUGCAACCAGUUUGGACAUUUAUACUUCUUAUUUUCUACUGGGUGCUAUGGGUGGCUGUGCUUCUUAGUUUAGGCACAUCAGGUAAUGCACAAGUCUCCUCAGAGGGACAAGUAGAAUAUAAACCACUUGCUGGGAUCCGCUACAUGUGGUGGUAUCAUUUAAUUGGAUUUAUUUGGACUAGCGAGUUUUUUCUUGCGUGCCAGCAAAUGAUUAUUUCAGGAGCAACAGUGUCUUGGUAUUUACAUAGAGAUAAGAACAAAAUUCGGCACCCAAUCUUGUCUUCAUUAUCACUUGUGUUUUGGUAUCAUCUUGGGACAGCAAUUAUUGGAUCCUUUCUAAUAACACUACUGAGAAUCCCAAGAAUGGUUUUACUCUACACUUUUCAACUGCUAAGCAACAAGCAAGACAAUGUGUGUACCAGAUGGAGUCUCAAGUGCUGUGCCAGCUGUUCCUUCUGCUUUGAGAAGUUUUUGAAAUACUUAGAUCAGAAUGCCUACACCGCAUCAAUAAUAAAUGGAACUCCGUUCUGUACAUCAGCAAGUGAUGCCUAUAGUAUCAUGGCAAAAAAUCCUCCUCGUGUCUCAUCUCUGAACUUCUCCGGUGUUUUCCUUAUGUUGUUGGGCAAGGUAUUCGUUGUUUGCUUUACAGUAUUUGGAGGACUAAUGGCAUUUAACUACCAUCGGGAGCUUCAUGUUUGGGCCAUCCCUUUGCUGUUGGUUGCUUUCUUCGCUUAUUUGGUUGCCCAUUGCUUUUUGUCUCUAUUUGAAACCGUAAUACACAGUUUGUUCCUUUGUUAUGCUGUGGACAUUGAGACAAAUGAUGGGUCUUCAGAAAAGCCCUAUUUUAUGGAACAGGACCUAAUGGCAUUAAUUCAUCAGACCAACACAGAAGCAGACAAACUGAAGAACAGGUCACAACAGAAUGGGGACGAUGGGAUUGAACUACAGGCCUUAUCAAGGGCAGACUAACUUGCUUUUACUGGAAACUUGUACUUUUACAUAUUUACUGCUGUCCUACAAGUGAAGAGGAUAUGCCCAAAGGCAUCGGCUGCUGAGAUUGAUUGGCCAACGUUUGAUUCUUUAGAGCAAGACCUGCGAGCUAUUGCAACUGGGAUAAAUCCACCUUGAAAGCUGCCCAAAUAGUCCGCAGUGUAUGUGGUCUAUAAGUACAACAUGUGCAUCACAUAAUAUGACCUUUCGCUUGGACUGGUUUGAUUUCUCCUGAGGAAUUUCACCUGUGUGACAAAAACAGUAAAACUCUAUGUUGUUGUGACAUAGCAGAUGUUGGGGGGAAAAAAGACACACAUCCAGCAAGUUUAACCCUUUCUAUCUCAAAGCUGAUCCCUGUGAGUGCUUUUUACUAUUGUUGUUUGCUGGCCCUCAAGUAGUAUUUCUACAAGGUUCCCAUUGAGUACAGUAAUGUGUUAUAUGUGCAUGGUGUUUUACACGGCCAGGGAAAUUGUAUAUUUAUUCAGUUUAUCUAAAUGAGGCUGAGUGAAAGGAAUAUUUGCUAGCUUUUGUCUGGAACUGUAACCCAUUCAUUCACUGCGAACAUACUUUCAGAUGAACGAGUAUACGAAUUGAAUAGAUUAAAAAUACAUAUUUUA